CCCUUGGCCGACCGUCUCAUCCCGCGCAACUUUGGGACAGUGGCUGUUUGCUGUUGAAUGUUCUCCUCCGAGAGCGCAUGGCUGGGGAAGCGAGGUGCGGGCCCGGUCCCCGAGGGGCCGCCGUCUGGGAGGCGGUGCUGCUGUGGCUGUGCCUGGGAGUUCCGACCGGGCGCCCCUACAACGUGGACACCGAGAGCGCGCUGCUCUACCAGGGCCCCCCCAACACCCUGUUCGGCUAUUCGGUGGUGCUGCACAGCCACGGGGCGAACCGAUGGCUCGUAGUGGGGGCGCCCACGGCCAAUUGGCUUGCCAACGCUUCAGUGGUCAAUCCCGGUGCGAUUUACAGAUGCAAGAUCGGAAAGAAUCCAGACCUGAAUUGCGAACAGCUCCAGCUGGGUAGCCCUAAUGGAGAACCUUGUGGAAAGACUUGUCUGGAAGAAAGAGACAAUCAGUGGCUGGGGGUCACGCUUUCCAGACAGCCAGGAGAAAAUGGAUCCCUCGUGACUUGUGGGCAUAGAUGGAAAAACAUAUUUUAUAUAAAGAAUGAAAAUAAGCUCCCUACAGGUGUUUGCUAUGGAAUGCCCUCUGAUUUACGGACAGAACUAAGUAAAAGAAUAGCUCCAUGCUAUCAAGAUUAUGUGAAAAAAUUUGGAGAAAAUUUUGCAUCGUGUCAAGCUGGAAUAUCUAGUUUUUACACAGAGGACUUAAUUGUGAUGGGAGCCCCAGGAUCAUCUUAUUGGACCGGCUCUCUUUUUGUCUACAAUAUAACUACAAAUAAAUACAAAGCUUUUUUAGACACAAAUAAUCAAGUUAAAUUUGGAAGUUACUUAGGAUACUCAGUAGGAGCUGGUCAUUUUCGGAGUCCGCAUACGACUGAAGUAGUUGGAGGAGCCCCUCAACAUGAACAGAUUGGUAAAGCAUACAUAUUCAGCAUCGAUGCAAAAGAACUAAAUAUCUUACAUGAAGUCAAAGGAAAAAAGCUUGGCUCUUACUUUGGAGCUUCUUUGUGUGCUGUGGACCUCAACGCAGAUGGCUUCUCAGACCUACUGGUGGGAGCGCCCAUGCAGAGCGUCAUCAGGGAGGAAGGCAGAGUGUUCGUGUACCUCAACUCUGGCUCGGGAGCAGUAAUGAAUGAAAUGGAAACAGAGCUCAUUGGAAGCGACAAAUAUGCUGCAAGAUUUGGGGAAUCUAUAGUUAAUCUUGGUGACAUUGAUAAUGAUGGCUUUGAAGAUGUCGCUAUUGGAGCUCCGCAAGAAGAUGACUUGCGAGGUGCUAUUUAUAUUUACAACGGCCGAGCAGAUGGAAUCUCGCCAGUGUUCUCACAGAGAAUUGAAGGACUUCAAAUCAGCAAUUCAUUAAGUAUGUUUGGACAGUCUAUAUCUGGACAAAUUGAUGCAGAUAAUAAUGGAUAUGUAGAUGUGGCAGUUGGUGCUUUUCGGUCUGAUUCUGCUGUGUUGCUAAGGACAAGACCUGUAGUGAUUGUCAAAGCUUCCUUAAACCAUCCUGAGUCAGUAAAUAGAACAAAUUUUGACUGUGUUGAAAAUGGAUUGCCUUCUGUGUGCAUGGAUCUAACACUCUGUUUCUCAUACAAGGGCAAAGAGGUUCCAGGUUAUAUUGUUUUGUUUUAUAACAUGAGUCUGGAUGUGAACCGGAAGAUAGACUCUCCGUCAAGAUUCUACUUUUCUUCUAAUGGAACAUCUGAUGUGAUCACAGGCAGCAUAAAAGUGUCAAGCAGAGUAGCUAACUGCAGAACACAUCAAGCAUUUCUGCGGAAAGAUGUGCGGGACAUCCUCACCCCAGUUCGGAUUGAAGCUGCUUAUCACCUUGGGCAUCAUGUCAUCAGUAAACGAAAUGCAGAAGAGUUCCCACCACUUCAGCCAAUUCUCCAGCAGAAGAAAGAAAAAGACAUAAUUGAAAAAACAAUAAACUUUGCCAGAUUUUGUGCCCAUGAAAAUUGUUCAGCUGAUUUACAGGUUUCUGCGAGAUUUGGAUUUUUUAAGCCACAUGAAAAUAAGACCUAUCUCGCUGUUGGAAGUAUGAAGACAGUAAUGUUGAACGUGUCCUUGUUUAAUGCUGGAGAUGAUGCGUAUGAAACAGCUCUGCACAUCACACUCCCCACCGGCCUUUACUUCAUUAAGAUUUUAGAUCUGGAAGAAAAACAAAUAAGCUGUGAAGUAACAGACAGCUCUGGCUUAGUAAGACUUGACUGCAGUGUAGGUUACAUAUAUGUUGAUCACCUAUCAAGGAUAGAUGUCAGCUUUCUGCUGGAUGUGAGCUCACUCAGCAGAGCAGAAGAGGAUCUCAGCAUCACAGUGCACGCCACCUGUGCAAAUGAAGGGGAAAGGGAGGACCUGAAGCAGAACAGAGUGACUUUAACAAUACCUCUCAAGUACGAAGUCAUGCUAACUGUUCAUGGAUUUGUCAACCCAACUUCAUUUGUGUAUGGACCAAAGGAAGAAAAUGAGCCUGAAACGUGCAUGGCAGAGAAAAUGAACUUCACUUUCCAUGUUAUCAACAUGGGUCACAGCAUGGCUCCAAAUGUUAGUGUGGAAAUAAUGGUACCGAAUUCUUUUACCCCCCAAACCGAUAAGCUGUUCAACAUUUUGGAUGUCCAGACUACUGCUGGAGAAUGCCAUUUUAAAAAUUAUCAAAGAAUGUGUGCAUUAGAGCAGGAGAAAGGUUCACUGGAGUUCCUGAAAGACAUAUUCAAAUUCUUGUCCAAGACUGAUAAGAAACUACUGUUCUGCAUAAAAGCUGAUCCAUACUGUUUAAAUUUUUUCUGCCAUUUUGGGAAAAUGGAAAGUGGAAAAGAAGCCAGUGUUCACAUUCAGCUGGAAGGCCGGCCAUACCUUUCAGAAAUGGAUGAGACUUCGGCCCUCAAGUUUGAAAUAAGAGCAACAGCUUUUCCAGAGCCUAAUCCAAAAGUUAUCGAACUAAACAAAGAUGAGACUGUUGCACAUGUUCUGCUUGAAGGACUACAUCAUCAAAGACCCAAACGUCAUUUCACAAUAGCCAUUAUUUCAAGUAGCUUGUUCCUUGGACUUAUUUUGCUUUUAUUGAUUUCAUAUGUUAUGUGGAAGGCUGGCUUCUUUAAAAGACAGUACAAAUCUGUCCUCCAAGAAGAAAACAGAAGAGACAGCUGGAGCUACAUUAACAGCAAGAGCAACAAGGAUGAUUAAAGACUUCUUUCAAAUUGAGAGAAUAGACUCAGGUUAACCAAAGAAAUUCAAGACAGUGUUUACAAGAAACCCAGAAUUCUGCUCAGAUUUCUCCUAUGUACUUCAUUUACUCAUGACCUUGUGACAUACUAGGUCUCGAUGCAAGUGAAAAAUCCCAAGCAAUGAUUACUCUUCCAGAGGAAAAUAAUCUCUCAGUUCUCAAAUGGAUAGAAAAAAACACUAAAGCAUUCAAUUUAUUCAAGGUAAGUAAUCCCUCGAAGAUACCUUGAAAUGAAAGUCCAUCUGAAUUAAA